AUGCCCAUCCUGGCCGGUUGGCUGCGCUCCCCCGCGCCUCCCCGGCCCGGGCUGGAUGCGCGGGGCAAGAACGGCGGCAGGCGGCACAAGGUGGCAGCGCCUCCGGCCGGCGGCGGCGACGGCGGCGGCGCCUCGGAGGCGGGCGCCGAGCAGCCGCCCAUAGGCGACGACUGCGGCCCAGGCAGCGGCAGCGCCAAGGGCCAUGCACAUGCAGGCGACCUGGCGGCAGGACCGGUGCCGGGAGCCCUGGGCGUGGCCGCCAUUCUGAGCAGGCAAGCUGCUGCCCUGGGGGUGCCGCGCCGCGCCCGCCACUGGGGCUUCCUGUGGAAGGCCCUGGCGCUGCACUCUGCCAACCUGGCGGCCACCCUGGCGGCGCGCCCGCUGCAGCCGCUGCACGACCGGCUGCAGCGCCAGCUGGCGGCCACCGUGGCGGUGAAGGAAGCGUGCCGCCAGCUGGGCGUGGAGGGGCUGCAGGAGCUGCAGGACCUGCUGAACUGCAUCAUCCUCUCGGAACACGUCUACAAGAUCGUGGACCACGACACCGACACUUCUGUCUCCUUCAUCAACUCGGUCAAGGCGCUGUUCCCGCCGCAGCUGGUGACGCUGCGCGGCGUGCAGUGGGCGCAGCCGCACGUGCGCCACCGCUUCCUGCUGGGCGAGAGCCACGACGCCCUCUACGUCUCCUUCAUGGGCACCAAGCUGCCGCGCGACAUGGCCACCAACGCAAACCUGUUCCAGGCGAGCCGGCGCCAGACUGGCGCUGCGCCGGCGCCUGCGCCGGGGAGCCUGAGAGCCUGUGAGGAGGUGGUGCUCGAUGCUGCCAUGCUGAGCAGCGGGGCCGCGCCGGCCGCCGACGACGAGGACGGCGGCGGCGUCAACGGCGGCGGCGCCGCUGGCGGCGGCGGCCGCGCGCUGGCCGCGCACCGCGGCUUCCUGGCGCGCGCCCGCUCCGUGCCCAUCCACAGCCUGUACAGGGAGGCGCGGGCGCGCGGCAAGCGUCUGGUGCUGUGCGGGCACAGCCUGGGCGGCGCGGUCGCCUCGCUCUGUGCCAUCCAGCUGCUGCAGCACCUGCCGCCCAACCUGCACCACACCGUCAGCUGCUUCGGCUUUGCCACCCCGGCGCUCGGCAACGAUGCGCUGGCGGCCACGGUGGCAGAGUGCGGCUGGGACGCCCGCAUUCGCAACUACCUCAGCCCAGACGACCCCAUCCCAAAGCUGCUGUCGUUCCGGCGCCCGCCCGGCGUCGCCGCCGCCGAGAAGGCGGCGGCAGCAGAGGCGGCGGCCCCUCCCAGCGCAGCCGCGCACGAAGCGCCUGCUCCUCCCGCCGCGCCGCAAGGCGCAGCGAGCGAGGCGGCAGGCGCCGCGGGCAACGUCGUGCCCGCGCCCCGCCUGGCCGCCGGCGCGCAGCAGCGGCUGCGCCGCGUCGCCAGCCACGUUACGGCCGGCGGUGGCGGCGGCAGCAGCGGCGGCAUAGAGGCGGAGCAGCAGAAGCAGCAGCGGGAGCAGGAGCAGUGCGUGACGGCGGCGGUCGCUGCACGCGGCAGCGGCCUGCCACGCAGCGGCAGCGCCCCAGCGCUGCUGGCACGCACCGGCGCCGCGGCGGCCUCAGCCGACAGCGCCCCCAAGGCCGGCGCCGCCUCCCGCCAGCACGGCGGCGGCCGCCUGGCGCGCGUGGGCGUGGCGGCUGCCACGGGGGCGGCUGUGGCGGCGGCGAUGCUGGGCCAGGACGUGGAUGUUGCUGCAGCCACCUCUGCUGCGGUCGCUGCGGCGAUGAUGCGGCAGGAGGGCACCCCGGCGCAGGUGCAGGGCAGCGGUGGCCGGGGCCCGGCGGGGGUGGAGGGGCAGGCCGCCGACGGCAGCAGCCGCCCGCGCGGCCGGCAGCACUGGCUGGGGCAGCGGCUGGCGGCGGCCGCGGCGCCGCCGCUGCGCGCCGCCGCCCACCGCGCGAGCUCUGCCGCGCUGGCGGCCGCCGCGCCGCCGGUGCGCGCGGUGGUGGAGCGUGCUGGCUCGGCCGCGCGGCUGGUGGCGCUGCCGCUCAGCGCCGCCGCUUCGGUGCCCAUGCGGGCUGCGCCGCAGUACGUACCGCUGGGCCAGCAGCUGUACAUCACCCCGGCUGCCGUCACCGCCGCCAGGCCCCUGGGAGACACCUGGGACGCCCCCCUGCCGCCAGCCACGUCUCUGCCGCCGCCGCGGCGGGCGUGGACCUUUUGGGGCGCCGCCCCGGCCGCCGCCGCCGCCGCCGAGUCCGCGGCCCGCCCCGCCGCCGCGCCCGCCAGCGGCAGCCUGGGCGGCAGCCUGGAUGACGAAGACAACGUGGAUGUUGCGGUGGCUGCCGCGCUGGGUGACCCUGCCGCCAUGGCGGCAGCGGCGGCAGCGGGUGCGGCAGGCGAGGGUGAGGAGGGCGGCGGCAGGAGGCGGCGGCGGGGGGUGUUUGAGGCGCACCGAAUGGCCACCUACCGCACGCGCCUGCUGGCCAUCUGCCAAGGCUCGCUGGAGGGCCGCCUGCUCCUCCGUUCGCUGCCCAGCCUGCCCAGCCUGCCGCGCCCGGGCGACGUGGCAGCCACCGAGCUGCUGGCUCCCUCCAUGUUCCCCCUCAAGGCCGUGGCCACGGUGGCCCAGGCGGCGGCGGCGCCCGCGGCAGCCGCGGCGGCGCAGCCUGGCGCAGGCGCCGGCACGGGCGCGCAGCCGGGCGCGGGCAGGCAGGCGCAGUUCGGGGAGCAGGCGCCCAUGCAGCGGCGCGGCUUCUGGGGGCGCCUGCUUGCGCGCGCGGCGCGGCAGCAGCGGCAGGAGCCUCCUGUGGAGCUUCUGAUCCGUGUGGAGGGGCGGGGGCUGUCCAAUGUUACCAAGGCCUGGAUUGAAGGCGUCCCGCUGGCCCUUCCGCCUGCCCCCAUGCCCGCCGACGGCAGCGGCGCCGAGCACAGCGGCGGCGGCGGCGACAAGGCGGCCGCCGCUGCCGGCAAGCCCGCCGCCACGGUGGCAGAGGUGACGAUCGUGCAGCAGCCGGCGGCGCCGCUGCUGCCACCACCGCGGGAGCGGCCGCUGCUGCCCGUCUUCAGCCAGCUGUCAGCCGUCGCCAGCUGGCUGGCCGUUACCCUGGGCUGGGUGGCGCUGCUGCGCCAGCUGCAGCCUGCCGGCAAUGCCGACUUCCUGCUCGCCCGCGUGCGCCUGCCCGCGGCCGCGGUGCGCGACGCGCAGAAGGCGGCUCAGAACUCUCUGCUCACCUCGGUGACCGACGGCCCACUGCUGCACGGCCUACACGCGGGCCCCCGCCUCUCGCUGCGCCUGCAGGCAAGCCGCCGGCAGCGCGACUUUGCUGUGCACUCCCUGCCUCUGGACAUCCGCGUGGCGACCAGCAUGCCGCCUAUGGGGCAGCGCUGGGCGUGGCCGUGGGCACACCGCACGCGUCGGCCGCGCGCCGCCAAGCAGCAGGCGCACGCGCAGCAGCAGCAGCAGCGCGGUUCCCGCUGGUGGGAGUGGCCCGGCAGCUCGGCCGCCGCCGGCCAUUAG